CCGCGCCCCCUCCCCGCCCCCCGCGAGCCCCGGCCGGCCGCGAGCUGAUGUCGUGAGCUCGCCGCCCGCGGGCUGUGCGCCCGGCCAGGGGCUGCCUGGGAAGUUGGGGCGAGGCGCGCCGGGUAUGCGCCAUCACCAUGUCCCGCCUGGACUCGUGGCUCGGUGAGGUCCAGUGGCUGGGCUUGGUGGCGCUCUUCGUCGUGGCCUUGGGCACUGUGGGCCUGUACCUGGCGCAGUGGGCGCUGGCCAGGGCGCGACCCCGCUCCCCGAGGCGGGCGGCGGAGCCCGGCGAGGGCCAGCGCCCCGAGUCGGAUGCGCUGCUCGCCUGGAUCCUGGCGCUGAGCAGCUGGAGGAACCAGUGGCAGGCCGCCUGGGUGACCGCCCUGAACGAGGAGGCCAAACGGAAAGCGGGCCCGCCACUCCUCUGCUUCCAGGAGGACCCGCUGCAGCAGCCCCUGGAGCUGGCCAUGGGACAAGUGUCCAGCGUGGCCCAGUCAGCCCAGGAGAAGGUGGUGUUUUGUCAUGUGGUGGCUGAGACCAUCCAGUUCCUGGUCAGCGUGGGGCUACCCUCGUCCGAGGACACGGGGCGGCCGCUCUACAGUGUGCGGCUCUCCCCGCUUCAUCUACAGCUGGAGCUCCACAUGAAGGAGAAGAGAGAAGACAUUCAGAUCAAGUGGUCCUUCAUCAGCGCGCCAGAGAUGGCCAUUACGAUCCAGCCCAAGGCACCGGGGGAGGACCAGGCGGUUGGGGCAGAUGCAGUCUCUGAAAGUCUCAAGGAUAUUUUGAAGCACCUGGUUAGCUCUGCCUCCCCAUCAGUGGUUCUGAGCACAAAGCCUACGGAUGUGAGGGAAGUUCAGCAUCUGCAGCGCACUUCAUCUACUCAGGAAUCCUGCCCUCCCAAACCUCCAAGGGCUCAUGAGCUCAAACUAUUGGUGAAGAAUAUCCGAGCCUCGCUGAUGAGCCAUCCUGGUGCUUCAGGCAACAUUAACCCAGUAUGUGUAGUUCAGCUGAAUGAUCCCGUCCAGAAGUUCUCCAGCACCCUCUUGAAAAACACUACCACCCUCACUUGGGAAGAAGAAUUCACCUUUGAGUUGAAUGCCAAGUCAAGGGAGUUGCACCUGCAGAUUUCAGAGGAUGGGCAAUCCUCAGAAGCUCUGUUGGCGAUGACGACUGUCCCCUUGGAUUUGUUCAAGAAGCAGCCUUCUGGGCCACAGAGCUUUACGCUGACCAGCGGGUCCUCCUCGGGCAGCUCAGCAUUGGGUUCGGUCACUGCAGAGCCCUCUCUGCAGUUUUCUUACAUCGAACCCGGUGAAGCGAAAUCCUGGCAAAUGCCUCCACCUGUUCCUGCUGCAAAGAUAGAAAAAGACCGCACGGUGAUGCCGUGCGGGACCGUGGUCACUACUGUCACUGCCGUGAAAACCAAGCCUCGCUUCGAUGCAGGGAGGGCGUCCCCGCUGAGCUCCGAAUCUCCCCUGAGAACACCUGUCAAGGUGAAGGUCAUCGAGAAGGACAUCUCCAUCCAGGCCAUCUCCUGCCACGGCGCCCCCGUCAGCAAGAUGUUCUCUUCCUCAGAUACAGAGCUACUGGUGCUGAACGGUGCCGACCCGGUGGCCGAAGUCGCCAUCCGACAGCUCAGCGAGUCCUCGAAGCUGAAGCUCAAAUCCCCGCGGAAGAAGAGCACCAUCAUCAUAUCUGGGGUCUCCAAGACCUCGCUAUCUCAGGACAACGGCGCCUCCCUGAUGCUGGACUACGCGGCCUCCAUGGACAGCACCCGCCGGAAGGAUGGCCCGGGCCAGCCAGGGGCGGCCGUGGCCGCUGCCCCACCCGAGGAGGAGGAGGAGGAGGAGGAGGAGGAGGAGACCCCAGCAGGGGCCCGGCUGGCCCUGGAGCCCCAGGAGGCUGAGCUGGAUUCCUGGGACUCGGAGAAGGAGCCACCGGCCGGGGCGUGGGGCGGCCAGGCCCCGCUGGAGCCCGCUGGGGAUGAGCGGUCAGAGAGCUCCCUGAGUGUGUCUGAGCUGGAGCCGGGCGCUUCCCAGAAGCGUAAAGGAGGGAUUUUAAGGAAGGGCGCGAAGCUGUUCUUCCGCCGGCGGCACCAGCAGAAAGACCCCGGCCUGAGCCAGUCCCACAACGACCUCGUGUUCCUGCAGCAGCCGGCAGGGCCGCGGAGGAAAGGGGCGACGCUGGCCCGGAUCCUGAACAAGAAGCUGCUCUCCAGACACCGGGGCCAGAGCACCGCAAACAGCGCCCCGCUGGACCCCUGCCCGUAGGCCGGCGCGCCCCUCCUUCCCCGCGAUGCUGCAGACGUGGACCCUCCGCCGAAACCACCCGCCAGGACGCAGCCAGAGGGUCCGUGAGUUGUGGACGGCCUCCCUGUCCCCAGUCUAGCUGGGUUUUUUCCAACAAUUUCAUCUUUUAAAGGGGAAAGAAAAAACUCAACAAUCUGAGUCUCCAGCCAGGAGGUUUCCCCCGGAGAGAACCUACAAAGCCCAAUUUGCCACCAGAAGCCACGACACCCGACGGCUUCACGGCGUGGGCGGUGCUCACGUCUAAGAGUUGAAGUUAAACGGGAGAAGGAUAUUUACCACUGUGAACUGUGGAACUUACUAUAAGGGGCUGUGGACGGGCAGGUGAGGCGGACAGGCUUUGCCCUCCACGCUCUAACUUUGGUCCGUGCCUGGACCACAUCACAGAGAGGAGGGCCCCACUGUGUCGUCACUGUGAACGGAAUGGAUGGGUCACCUCUCCUAAUUGGCUGCUCAGAAUAAAAAGUGCAGGCGGCCCUGAGUACUGAAAGGUGGGACGCAGGCAAACAGAAAUUACCAUGGGAAUGGAAACACUGACAAACGUAGGAAGACAUUUGCCUUUGGUAUUAGCCAUAUAACUUGAAAAAUUAUGCAAAUACUAAAUAUAUCCUAUGCAUAUUAUGCUGAACACUUUUCUAAGUUUGCUUUGAGCCUAUUUGCGAGUGGGAGAUAGAUAAAUCCUUAUGUGGUUUUUAUAUUUUUCUCUAUAGCAUCAGAGCUGUAAUAAUACCAACAGAGCAGCCAACACAUGGAAUGUUUCUCUCCCGUCCGGCCUCCUUGUUCACAGAAAAGCCAAAAGAUGAAGUUAGGAGCAAUAAGCCACAGCUAGAGGGACAUGGGCACCACACAUAUAUGGUUUUUAUUCAGUCCAAGGUUGGUUUGCCAAAUAUUGCCCAUAGCCGAAACAAAGUACUUUUAGGGCAAAAGAGGAAAUUAUGUCUCAGGUGUGAGUCUUAGGAAUGGAAGUUUAAUAACAAAUGAGCCAAAUGUGCAUCACAUUUCUUCUAUGAGCUCUUCAGAAUUCUGCUGUGUUUAGCAACUCUUGGGAUGCCCUUGUUUUGAUUCCCAGUGGAAAAAACAGUUAGUUCAGCACAUGAUGUUAAUAUCCCUACGUGUCUUCCAAACCACUUUCCUCAUCUGUACACCGUUACCCUGGGGUUCAUUCACAAUUUUCACAUUGUCCACUCCUUCUCGAUGAAACACUUUUAGGAGACAUGCUUAUUAAAAAGCACUUGUUAUCAGGGUGAAAGGUUUUGAGUAAGAUUCAUUUUCCUCCAAUAAGAUUUAAAGGCUAUAAUGAAAACUUGGCCUCUGUCACAGACGUGAAAUUGGGUGAGUUCCUUCCUAUAGCUGCUCUUGUGAAUCCUUAAACAUAUAUUUCAGGAGCAAGAGAGCCAUGGAUGAGCAAAAACCUUUAUAAAAAUCAAAAUUAUAGAAUUUUUUCCUUUCCUUUUUUUUGAGAGAGAGAUUAGAAAACUACAUUAAGGAUUUUAUUAUAAAAUGCACAUUUAAAAUUCUUAGGUAUCCCAAGAAUUAUCAAGUAACUGUAAAAUGACUUUUUCAGCAUAGUUUGCUUUUAAAGAUUAUACUCCAAUUGUAAUCACUGUAAAUUAGCACCUGGUAUUCCAAAAUAUAGUACGUUUCUACCAAGUUAGUCCCCAUAGGCUAGUAAUCUCUACUAGUCUUUUUGGAACCGAUAGUCUCGUUAAUGUUCUGUUCUACUUGAAGGAUCACUGUUCUCUCUCAUGUGGUCGACAGAACCUGUGACAUUCCAGAAUUAAUUCUAAGAGGAUAUUGUGUGUUGAAUUUCAGGCACUGAUCAGAAGUAGUUAGUACAAUUUGUUUUUGAUUUGGAAAUUCAGAUGGACUCGAUUUAUUCAAGUGUGAAGGUGUCAAGAGUUUUAGAUUCAACUUUCUCGCUCUAAAAAAAAGUCUUAGCCAUUCCCAUUCCUGAAUGACCCCAUGAGUGUUCUGUUCACUGCUUCAUACCUUUACCCGGGGCUGUGCUUUCUCAGCUUCCUCGUGACUUGAAACCUCUUCAGGGUCCUGGGAAUGUGUUGGGUGGGCUGCGUCCACCCCGUGUGUGAGAAGCACGUGGAUUAACACGAGGGGGACAGUGUUGCUGGGGAGAUGCAUGUUUCUUGGUGUCUGUUGGAUGCACGUCAAGAACCCUGUACAUUUGAGUCAAUCCCAGAGCUCACCCUCCAGACACACACACAUAGUCACUGUCAAAUGGCUUUUUCUGAAGUUACGGAGGACACUAACGUAGCAGGGAAUAGGAUGAGAAAAAAGAAGCGCAGGGUCAGGGUAGCACCAUGAGAACAGGGGCUGUAUCGAUACUGUGAAUGUUUCCUUUCCAAGCUGUUUAUCCAGAUCUGUUUUUUAAUGGUGUAGGAUAUUUAUGUCAAAGUAAAUGUCAUUAAGGCCAAACAUCAAUCUAGAUUAUACACCAAAUGCAAGACCUACUCAUUUGUAAGUCACCUUAUUCCCUUACCUUUUCCACAUGCUGGAGUGUUUUGAGGGCUUUUGUUUUUGUUUUGUCUUGAUGAAAUCUUUGCAGAGUGGUGUUUUGAAAGCAGUUUCUCGCGAGCACUAAUGUUAAUGUGCGUCUGUAUGUCUGGAACCAGCUGGUCACAUUGGUUUUAAUGAGCUGUCAACGCUUCUCUUGGAUUUGUUCAAGGACAAGCCUGUGUUCCUUGCAGAGGAAUGAAAUGGACCUUUAGGUGUGCGUGUAUGUUUUCAUGUAGCAUCAACAGAAGUACCCAUCUCAUCGUUCCAGCUGAAAACCUGCUGUGAGGAAGAAGGUUUAGACCGAGCACUUUAUUUAAAUCAGGUCUCAAGUUUAAGUUCACAAGUGGCCCUCGAUUCCUGGAGAGGGCUACCUGGCCUGCCGCUGCCAACCAGUCACAAGCUGGGUGCUUGACCAGGUGUUUGAUUGUUUCACUGGCCACUCCUAUAGAAGAAUAUUGCAGAUUUGCUUCUUGAACAGAAAGGGAAAGAUUAAUUUACGCUGCUGCCACUCAAUUCAGAUGUUUUCUGAGUAACCAUCUUGGCUCUCUUGAAACCUAAGAGUGUAGGUUGGUGGAUGUUCGAAGUCAGAACAUUUAACUCCAUCAGAUGAAAAACAGGUCUCAGCGCCGGCCUAGACCCUGACGCCAGGCCCUGCCUCUGCUGCUCCAAACCUGCGAAGGCGUGAUGACCAAAGCAAGCGGCACAGGGACGCCAGCACUGCUUAUCCUGCGAAGCAAACUCAGCUUACACCUCUCUGGUUCCUUUUUUUUGCGGCGGGGUGGUGGGGGGGGGCAUUCUUACCUUCUGGAUGAGGAGGCAUUUGAAAUACAACAAACUGCCCCAUUCACCCAGCUGCCAGCUGGUCAGUGAUGUGCCGUUUAUAAUUUAGGCUUGUAGCUUUUUUUUCCCCCAAUAUCAUAUCAAAGCGACAUUUUUUUUUUUUUUUUUAAGAAGAAAAUAAGAGGUUUUCCAGGUAUGUGGAGAGGUUUGGCUUGAUGACCAAGUGUGGUGAUGACUUUACCCGACAAUGAUUGUAUCCCUGGGAAGCACUUUAAAAACAGACUGCAGUCCCGCGCCAGGCCUGUGCAGUCGGGUUCAUGCGGGGAAGGUGUGGCUGGAACACGAACGGUCUUUGAAGGAAAUAAACGUGCCCAUGCAACACUAAA